AUGGAAAGCACGAACCCUAUUGCAGCCAUUGUACAACCAUCCGCCUUGAAGCCUUCAGUCUUCGUGGGAUUAGCUAGCGCUCUGUGUGCACUAUCUGGCAGCAUUAUUGCACUACGGCUUUGGACUAAUUUCAAUCACAAUCAAAAGCUUCAUGUUGAUGAUUACUUAUGCGUACUCUCGCUCCUGUUUCUGAUAUGGAAUUCUGUCACCUUCUCCCUGCUGUUUGAUGUGUUGAAUUCGAACCCUAACGAUGUAACAAUCGAACAUCUUACAAGGCUUGUUGCGGUUGGAAUAGCCUCAGGCAACAGUGCAAUUUACAGCGCGAAGUUGCCUUUGCUUUUCAUGCUCAUUCGAAUCUUUGGAAUCAAGGAUUGGUUGCGCUGGACCUGUAUAUUCCUCAUCGUCGUCGGAACUUUGGGCGGUUUGGUUACGCUGUUGUAUGCAGGCAUCUCGUGCAGCCCGGAUCUUCACAAGCCAACGCCACCAUUCUUGUUUUCAUGCGUCAGCGCCCUCACCAACGCGACUAUUGCCCGUGGCUCUAUAUCACUCGCUAUCGAUGUCAUCGCAUUCGUUCUUCCGAUUCCAAUCAUCGUGAAUCUUAAGAUGCCGCUUCGUAGGAAGAUUGGAGUGGCGUUUGCCUUUGCUACGGGUCUUCUUGCCAUCGCAGCUAGCGCAUUGGGUUUGUAUUUUCAGAAAGCGCAGUCCGUGGAAUCUUCUACCAACUUUGCCAAUGCUUUGCUUGUCACUGUUAUCGAAAGUGCCGUCGUCCUUAUGGUCAGCUGUACGCCUGCCAUUCAUGUAUUCUGGACCAAACAUGCAGGCUUCUUGCGCAGCCACUUUGGACUGCUAACCUCAUCACACACCAAGUCUAAGCUUUCGGUAUCCAAAACCAACUUGGGAGGAACCACUACCUCAAACUCAGAUUGCACCCAGGUCCACACGCACGACUACGUUGAGCUACAGGAGCUCGGGGAUAUACGUAAGCCACCGUACGAUCCUAGAGUGUUGACUGUUAAGCAAUACGUGUAA